AUGGCAAGCUCAGAUCAGGCGGCCCAGCCCCCUUCGGGCACUCCGAGCAUGCCAGAAUCCCUUCGCAGGCUCUCCGUUACAAACCCGAUCGUCUUCUCUUCUACAGCCUGGGCGGCCCUGUGCGUAGGUUAUGCCAUUUGGCAGGUCCCAGAGGCCCCACUGAACAGCCCGGAGCUUUUGCGCGAGCAGCUGCAGCUGCGCAUCCGAAGCAUCCCAGUGCCAUCCAGCAGCCCCCGCUACCAGCAGUUCAAGGAGUACUACACCCGAGAGCACGACCUGCAGCUGCAAGAGUACAAGGUGGCGCACAAGAAGUGGCAGCAGAGUACUGCCGCUUUCAACUGGCGGGCGUUUGCGCAAGGCUUGGGCGUUGGCGUGCUCAUCCUCUCCGCCGCCUUCGCUGUGCUGGAAUACCACUACGGAGCGAUUUCCUACUGGAUGCAGGUUGCCGAAGAGCUCUGGUGCGAUGCCCAGCAGAAACGCCAGAAACGGCUGCAGCUUGCAGACUCAGCAAAGAUGGAGCGUCUACUGCAGGAGAUGGGAGAAGGAGCAGACGAUGCUGUAGGCAAGGGCCCCUCCAAGCGCCGGAAGCCGGAUGGCGAGGCGCGCCAGCGCGUGAAGUCCCCGUCGCCUUCGGAGACGAAGGCCAGCGGCAUCCCACCACCUCAGGCGCUGCCGACGACCACUUCGCCGACAGCUCCCAAGGAGGAGGCGCCGAAGGCCGAUGCUGCUCCAAGAGGUGCUGGGGCAGCCACAACUCCCGAGGCCAAGCCAGCGCCGCCCGCGGCUGUUGAGCCAAGGGCAGACAACCCCACGCUGCUACAGGGCUCCAGCGUGCCAAGCACCUUCGGCAGCUCUGGCGCCUCACGGCUCCGCGAGAGGCUGCGCUGCAAAGUGAUCGAGCGUCAUCGCCAGCAGGCAGAGCAAGCCACAACUCCGUCUUCACAGGAAGGUUCCAACACCGGUCCCGAGAUGGAGCAGACCGAGCCCGCACCAAAGAAGGAGAAGAAGUCCAAGAACAAGAAGGACAAGGCCAAGAAGGAGGAGCCGGCUGCUGCGGCCAAGAUGGAGCCAGAGGCAAAGCCAGAGGAGCCAGCACCGCCAGCUCCGGAGCCUGCUCCAGCUUUGGAGAAGGAAGCCCCCGCCAAGAGCGAGCAGGCACCCAGCGCCUCCAAGAAGGGCAAGAAUGGAAAGGCGAAGAAGGCCGAGGCCAAGGCUGCUGAGAGCAGCUCACGUGCUGCCAGCAAGGAGACUCCCGCGAAGCCGGCCAGCACGCAGAAGGCCGACCCGGAGGUGCAGGAAGCGCUUCAGCGCCUCGCGCGCCAGCCCCUGGCCACGCCCGCGCUGCGCGGACCGGAGCUCCUGCGGGAGGCUCAGGAACUGCUGUCUCGCUUGGAGGCAGAGGACCUGCUGAAGCAGCUCGAGACCGAGGAGGAACACGCACGUCGCGCUGCAGGCAAAAAGAAGGCCAAGAAGAACAAAGCCGCCGCCCGGGCCAAAGCCAGUGCCAAGAAGGGCGCGAAGAGCGAGGCGCCAGCGGAGCAGCCGAAGCCGGAACUCCAGGGGGCUGAGGAGGCCGACACAGAGGAAGAGGAGGAGCAAGAUCCCCAGGAGGAGAUCGAAGAGGCGGUUCCCGAGCGGCAAGAGAUCAAGAUGGACGACAAGGCCGAGGAGAAGGAGACUGGAUCCUCUGUGGAGGACAGUACCGAGAUUCACAGCUCCGACGGCCAAGACUCUCACACGUCGUCGGCACCGUCGGACGAGGAACGAAGCGCAAAGAAGACUCAGGAGCGGUACCAGGUGGCUGCGGAGCACCGGGUGCGUACGGAGGACCCGUGUGAGGUCCCAGCGAAGGCUACACAGCACAACUCCGAGCCAUCCUUUAACGGUGCCCUUGCCGGCGCGCAAAUUCUUGACUUUCUCCGAAGUGGCCAGCCGGAGAAGGAGCCCGUGUGGGCGGAAGCGGCCCGGAAAGGCAAGAAGAGUCGACAGUCCCAGCAAAAGGAGCAGAAGGAGCCCCAGGCCUCCGCGGAAAGCUCCGUCCGGGCCAAGGCAGUGGCAACUCCCCAGCUUGCAGAGAUCAAGAUGGAUGCCAAGGUAGAGGAGAAGGAGUCAGGAUCCUCUGUGGAGGACAGCACUGAGAUUCACAGCUCCGAUGGCCAAGACUCGCACUCCUCCUCCACGUCGGAUGAGGAGCGUUUCAAGAAGCCUGAGGCCACCGUGCAGCAGUCCAACGAGUGCUUCAACGGCGCUCUGGCAGGCGCUCAAAUCCUCGAUUACUUGCGAAGUGGAAAGUCCCACAAGGAGCCGCGAUCGGACUCUGUCUGGAAGGGCAAGAGUAAGAGCUGGCCGUCGCAGCCCAAGGAAGCAGACUCCGACGCGUGCGUGGCAGAAAGCUCUCUGCGCGCAGAGGCGCCGGAGUUUGUCCCGGGGCAGUCGGUCAGCGAGAGUCCCCUAGAGGAGUGUUCGCCUGUGCUCCCCAACAUGGUCAUGGCCGACCAGCUGCCCAUCCCAGUCAUGGUGGUGCCAGUGCAGAUGUUCGAGGCUAUGGUCCCGGUGAUGGGAAUGCAGCCGCCUUCCUCAGGCAUGCAGCUCCCAGUCAUGGCCAUGCCAGUAGAGAUGCAGCAGAUGGUGCCGCAGAUGGAGUCUGCUGGCUGGGCGCCACCACCAGAGGCUGGUGAUGCCGACACAUCUGCUAGCCCUGCCGAGGAUGAAGCAGAGAAGGAGCCCGCGGCAGAGCGAUCUGGCUGCGAAGACGAUGACGACUGCGACUCCGUAUUCGGAGAGCCGCCCGUCAUGCAGCGCCAGAUGACCAUCUGA